UCACUCUUAAGCAGGCGUAUUGAGAGAUGGGGAGAUAACGAAGCUGUCGAUCUCACCUACGUAAUUAGCUGCUCACCUGAGUGGACACAGUUGUUUUGACAAGAGAUAAUAUUUGAUAUUCGUAUUAAUAUAGGAGGGAGUUUACUUACUUAGCAACAACAAUGGAUGGAUACUCGUUCGUUGAAACGUUAAGCAUGCAACAACGCGAAGAUACAUUCACACUCAUACUUCAACAACACAAGUGGACACUCACACUUUAGUAACAUUGCUAGAUAUAACAAUACUAAGAGGGUGCGGGAGAGCGAGAAUGCGUCUUUAUUUUCAACGUUUACAGAAUAAUCCGUAUAAACGAACUCGAUUAAUUACACGUGGACAAAUACAUUUGUUUAAUUUUGAGACAUAAUUAUACUUUCUUUUGGACAUUACCUGUACACACACCCACACUCACAGACGCACGCACAAACACGCAUUCGCUCGGGCUCAAACACGCGCACUUACCCACACAGACGCCAAAACACCGGUCUACACAGUUUGACUUAUAUGCUGACACAUACACCCGAGACAGUGAAAAUAUCUCUAUAAACACAAUAUACAUUAAUGAGAGAAAACAGUUAAUAUCACACAGACAUACAUGUAUACACUCCAACAGCAGCAGCAUUCUCGAAGCCCACAACAUUCAUAGACAAUCAUCAACAGCCAUAUGAGUUGUAAUGAAACAACCGGACUAGCAGCAUUCAUGCUGUAACAGACUUCGACUCGACUCAACAGACUGCUGUAGAAGAACUAUACAGAUACUAAAACCUUAUAAGAGAUCGUAGAAUUAACCGAGAUAUCUGCUAGUCAGUGAGACAGUGUCUUUGACGAAUUACAGCCAAAGUGCAGUGCUGCAUCCUUUACUUGUCAGCCAACCACACCAGAUAACUGGAGUUGGCCUGACAUCAAAGAUUUUAUUUUUAUUUUGGCCUCAGUAGAAUGGGAAAGAUCAACUAUUUUGACAUAAUCUUCCCUGAAGAAUGCAGUGUUUACCAUCCAGGAAAUAUAGUCAAUGGACACGUUCGAUUGGAGCUACUUGAAGAAAUUCGAGUGAAAGGUGUUUGGAUUCAAUUCUGGGGACGUGCAUAUUUCAAAGAAAAUGACAGCAGUUCAUCCGAUUCUGGUUCAAAUUUUGGGACUGAAGAUGCUACAGAAACAUAUUACUACUUCAAUAUGAAACUCUAUGAAACGGGUUCCACUAUUCCUGAUGGCUUGACUCAGACAGAUGAAGAAUGGCAAUUAGAUGCUGGAACACAUACAUUCCCAUUUGAGUUUUUACUUCCAAAUGUACCAUCUUCUUUCCGAGGGAACCGUGGCUAUGUCAGCCAUUCAGCAAAAGCGAUAAUUAAACGGCCAGGAAAAUCUGACUUCCGGCUUGAAAAAGAUUUCAAUGUGAUAAAACCACUUGACCUCAAUACUCUUCCAAAAGCAAAUGAAAGUGUGAAAAACCAAAUUAUUAAACAGCCCAACAUAUUCUGCUGUCGUUCAGGACCGGUCACAGCCUUCCUUGGGGUUGACAAACUAGGUUACUCCCCAGGUGAACUAAUAGGAUUAAAUGUUGAGAUAUCAAACCAUUCAGAAAAAGAAGUACUUGGUUCCAAUGUAAAGUUAUACAUGCAUGUUUUGUACCAUGGAAAACUAACACAAGGGACUGAAGUUCAAACCUUGUCUUGUGUGAAUCAUCCUAGUAUUCCACCUGGUGAAACAGAUGUGUGGAGUGGUGAUACGAUGCUGGUACCUCCUUUGUCACCCUCAAAUCUGGAAGGUUGUAAUGUGAUUGACAUCAAAUACUUUUUAGUGCUGCAUGUUAAACUUGAAGAACCACCAUUUGAUCUGGAGGUCCCUUUAGAUAUAAUCAUUGGUUCUGUUCCCAUCAAAAUGAAGAGGACCCUUGCUAAGACGUGACCGAUCAGAAAGCACAGGAAGUGGAGUGACCAAUAGCAAAUAUCAUGCAGUUCCUUAAUACCAAAUUGGGAAUUUUCAACUAUACAUAAUCAUUCAAUAACAUACCCACAUACAUACAGGUAUAUAUAUAUGUGUAUGUGUGUUUAUGUACAUGUAUGUGUGUGUGUGCAUGUGUGCAAUCACAUGUACAUAUGUACAUACACUCACACAUGCACACAUAUACACAUGUAUGCAUGUAUGUAUAUACAUGUGUGUGUGUGUAUAUAUAUAUAUAUAUAUAUAUAUAUACAUACCCAUAUACACACAUUUAUACAUAUGCAUAUAUACACAUAUCUACGCACAUAUAUAUAUAUAUAUAUAUAUAUAUACAUAUAGAUAUGUGUGUUUGUGUGUGUGUGUAUAUAUAUAUAUAUAUAUAUAUAUAUAUAUAUAUAUAUAUAUAUAUAUACACACACACACACACACAUAUCAAUAUAUGAUUAUUGUAUGUAUAUGUGAGGAUAUCUGUGUACUUAUCUAAUGUGUGUGUUUACACAUUUUGCUCAUUUGGUUUGAAGUCCAUUUUCUGCUAGCCUGAGUUAGACAAAUAUAUUAUUGAGGUAUUCUUUUACAGUCGGAUGCCUUUCCUGUCAUUAACCAUUUUAAAUAAGGAAUAUUUUGUUCCACAUGUCUCUGAAAGCACCAAGUCAGCAGAUGUCUUGAUGACAGAAGAAAUAAUAGCAAGUGACCUCCCAUGAGUGUGUGCGUGUGUGUGUGUGUGUGUGUAUGUUUGCAUAUAUAUAUGUGUGUGUGUGUUGUAUAUACAUGUAUACAUACAUGUAAAUAUAUAUAUGUGUAUAUAUAAAUGUAUGCAUGAAUAUAUGUGCAUGUGUGUGUGUAUAUAGACAUACAGAUAUAUAUAUAUAUAUAUAUAUAUAUAUAUAUAUAUAUAUAUAUAUAUAUAUAUAUAUAUAUGUAUAUAUAUACAUGUACAUAUAUGUAUGUAUGUAUGCACACAGUCUACCAAGACAAUGUAUAUUUAGGAAAGGAAAAAUCUGUAUAAAUAUUUGACUUGUAUAAGUACCCCUAGAAGUAUAGAUACCUCUUUUGAUGUUUUUAUCAGAUCCCGAUAAUACUGAGUAAAUUGCAAUAACACUGAAUUAAAAUAUUUAUACAAAUUUUUCCUUUUCUGAAGUGUGUAUACAUUUUUUAACAGACUCUGUGUGUGUGUGUGUGUAUACAGGUAAUAUAUAUUACACAUGUAUUUGUGUAUGUGUAUAUAUAUAUAUAUUUGGUAUGAAGUCAAUAUACACUCCCUCGCAUGCUGAACAAAUCUAUUGUGAGAAAAGCCUGUGGAGUGAAUCCUCAGCAUUAUAAAAAUAAAUGAACUCUACUCCUAA